UUCUAAUCAAAGGAACACACCCUCUUGAUAUCUGUAUUAUGACAUGUGACAAGAGUUUGAAAGUGUAGUAGUAUGUUGUUUUGUGGUCGGCGGUAAGAGAGUUUAGUAAAUGCUACACCAUAUUACGAACAACUAUGUCGGAGAUACAGGAUAACUAUGGCGGGGACGUCGUUUUAAGAAUAAAUGGCCAAGAAUUUCAGUGCAGGCGAAAAGAAUUAGCUAUGCGAAGUCCAUAUUUUGAAGCUAUGUUUACUCAUCGUUUUGUUGAAAAAGAUAAAAGAGUUAUUGAUAUGCAGGGUGUAGAACCUGAUGCUAUGGAAGUUGUACUGAAAUUUAUACAAACUAAUGAAAUUCCAUCUGAAAUUUUAAACUCUGAUAUGAUACUGUCAGUGCUUCAAGCCUCAAGUAUGCUGCAAUUUGAAGAUUUAAAAAAGACAUGUGUAAGACUGAUUGCUCAAGAAUGGUUAACAGUUGAAACUUGUUUACAAACAAUGCACAAAACAUAUGAGCUUGAUAUAAUUGAAUUAUACAAAAAAGCUAAAGCUUUUGCUUUAUGGGAGUUCUUCAAAGUGAAACUGUCACCAUCAUUUACUCAGCUUACGAUAGAACAGUUGGAAGACUAUUUAUCAAAUGAUGGUUUAAAUGUAAGAGAAGGAGAAUUUGAAGUUUUUGAGGCAGGAAUGAAUUGGCUACAAGAGAAUCCAGAAAGAGCAGAAUAUACAUGCAGAGUUCUACAGUGUGUUAGGUUCUCACAGUUGAGUGGUUCAGACAUAAAGACUAUGCUCCUGUAUCCCAUAAGUUCUGCAGGGAACAAACUAUUGAGGUUAAUUUUGCACUUGAAAGAGGCAUGUGGACACUCAUCAGAUGAAGAAGCAGAAACUUCUGCUGUACAUGAUUUAUCAUAUGAAGAUGAUAAGCUUUCUGCAUCUGUAACUCUUUCCCAGAUCUCACAACCUUGUCCAAAAAAUAAUUCUCUGGAGUGUCAGAGUAUAUGCUGUUGUCUGAAACCAAUUGUACACACAUCAGAUGGAAAUUUUGAAAAAAGAGCAUCAAAUGAAGAUCUUGUGAAAAGUGUUAGUGACUUCAGUGAAGGGGAGAAGAAUGCUGAUGAUUUGGUUUCAGAAGAUUUAAACCCUGAAAUGAAGGAAAUUGCUGCUAAGUUGGUGAAUACUCCAGCCAGAUUUAUACCUCUUGUCCCAUGUAUUGUUGGACAUCGAGUGGUACAUGAAAACAGAAACCCUAUUAAAAGAAUAUAUGUUAUAUACUUUGAAGGGAGAAAGUUAAUGCAACCAAUGCCACUUCUGCACUUGUCAAAAAUCAAUGAGGGUGUACAUGAACCAGUUGGGUAUCAAGUUAUCAGCAGAGGAAGGGAGCUUUUCAUUAUUGGGGGUGAAUAUUUUAUGGGACAUGCCAACUGGAACAAGUCUAUCUGGAAAUAUGAUAUAUUCAAGGAAGACUGGACAUAUGAAACAAGUUUACCAUCACCUAGAAGACAUCAUGCUGUGUGUUGUCUCAAUGAUGAAAUUUAUGUUAUUGGAGGUUUUGGGCGACAUAGAUUAAUAACAGCAUCUGUCACAAAAUACAAUGUUGUCACUAGAUCAUGGAUCGAGUGUUCAUCUCUUCCUCAGAAUAUGUACUCUGUGGCAUGCUGUGUUUAUCAAGGGUACAUUUUUGUGUUUGGUAUUGAAGUCUAUAUAUAUCACGUUGGAUCUGAUGUGUGGCAUACAUUCAGAGAACCUCCAAUAACAAACAACAUGGCAUUCAAUAGUGCAAUGCCAUAUGAAGAAAGUAUAUAUCUUACAGGUGCCUAUUCAUGUGACCUGAUAAAAUUUUCACCAUACAUUACAACAUCGGAGACAAGUGCAGAACAUGAAACUGUUGGAGCAUUUUACAAUCAGCCUUCAGGAGCAUGCUUGAUCCAUGAUAAAAUAUAUGCUUUUUCAACUGAUGAAAGUGGACAUAUGUCUGUUGAAUUAUAUGACAUCAAGAAGAAAUGUUUUCAGACAGUGUGGGAAGGCUGCGAAAAUGAAAUAUAUGGAAUUGUGGAUUUUAAUCCAAAAAGUAAUGUUGGUUGUUUCCCUAUGUGCCUGUAUUAAUGGCUGUGUUUCCACAUUUUAGGAGUCAUCACAAACAAGAUGGUGUGAGCACAAAUAACUUGACUGAUGCACACAUUAAAUAUGUGCCUGUCACUCACACGAAAAGAAAAUUUCAAAGUGAUAAUGUUCCUGUAUCUGUUAUACACUUCAUUGCUUGAGGUCUGUUCUGUAAGUUGGGUGAUGUGAUAUUUGUUUAGCAUUCAUAAUGUUUACUGCAGGGUCAUGGAAACAAUGUACCAUGGAGCAUUUUUACCUGGUUCUUUCUUCUACAUCAGUUAUUUUUUGUGCUGCUUAGUGGUUGGUGUAUUACUGAUAUAGUUGCUAAUAAAGAGUCAUUGUCUACAAUUGUUAA